CAUCAGCCGUACCCGUUCGAGCAGCUCAGGCCUCAGGCAGCCAGCAAGCGUCAACGUACCGAACAGUCCACCCCUCACACGUACACUGAACUACUGAAGGAACGAGUGGUGAAAAAGAGAGCUGAGCUUCGGAUCGAAUCGCUCUGCCCUUAUUUUAGAGACCCCAAGAGAGCUGAGCUACCUAGCAAUGGGGAGGUCUCCCUGCUGCGAGAAGCUUGGGCUCAACAGGGGGCCAUGGACGGCGGAGGAAGACAGUAUCCUCGUCGCCCACAUCGAGCAGGACGGCCACAGCAACUGGCGGGCGCUGCCGAAGCAGGCCGGGCUGCUGCGCUGCGGCAAGAGCUGCCGCCUCCGGUGGAUCAACUACCUCCGCCCGGACGUCAAGCGCGGCAACUUCACCAUCGAGGAGGAAGACGCCAUCAUCCAGCUCCACGCCAUGCUCGGCAACAGAUGGUCCAUGAUCGCGGCGAGGCUGCCUGGGAGGACGGAUAACGAGAUCAAGAAUGUCUGGCACACGCACCUCAAGAAGCGACUCGAAUCCUCCGCUGCGCCCAAGCGCAAGGCCAAGAAGCAUGCGGCUGUGACGACGUCCGUGAUUACACACGAUGGUCCGACCUCCGCGCCAGUACUGCCGGAGGAACACAUCUCGUCGUCCGCCACUGGCUACUCGAUGGCGAGCUCGUCGUUGGAGACCACUGAAAGCUUUAGCCCAGACUCGCACGAGUUUCAGAUCGACGACAGUUUCUGGUCGGAGACACUGGCAUUGACGGUGGGCAGCAGCUCCGGUGCCGGCAUGGAAGCCGGCGACCCGUUCGGUGCAGACAGUGCUUCGCCGACGUCGAGCAAUGACGAGAUGGACUUCUGGGUUAGAUUAUUCAUGCAGGCUAGUGACUUGUCUCAGAUUUAGGGAGAGGAGAGGAGAGGACUGGCCCCGUUGGCAUUCCUCUUGCUACCAGCUUAUGCACGUGGGAACAAGCGUGCGGGUUUGGCUCGGCUAAACGAUGAGGCCAAGCACUGCAAGUUCGCGGUAAACGCAGAGCGUGCGCGGCGAAACAGCUGCGACCAUUUGGCUUAAACGCAGAGUGUAUUUUUUUACCCGAGGGACAAAUAAUGAACAUAUUUGAGCGUUAAAAUCUUCUCUCGAUCGAGUUCAUCUCUAUUUUAUACAAAAAAAACAUAAUAUAUCUAAAAUAGCGACUAGUUGAUCCACAUGUACUUAAA